AUACUAUGCACCAAGGAAUAAUAAUAAGAAAAAUCACGAAACACAUAAUUCCUUUCUCAGACAUAUUCAGAUAGCUAAAAAACCCAUUAUAGUAAGAAAAUCUUUCUCAAUGGAGAAAACGAUUUCUUUUGAAUUUGCCUUCAACUCCUCUUCAAUCUCUCUUUUUCCUAACUUCAUACUACCAGAAGAUGGUGAUGAUAACAUCGAUGGAAAUGAAGAACGAACAACUACUACUACUGCUUAUGCUAGGCCUAACCUCUCCAAAGUUAUGCCGCUGACUUCCAUACCCACAAUAGAUAUGAGCAUUGAUCAUGAUUCUUUAGUUUCGAUAAUUGCGAAAGCUUGUGAAGAUUUUGGUUUCUUUCAAAUCAUCAACCAUGGCGUGCCUCGUGAAGUUUACAAGAAAAUGAUGGAUGUUUCGAUGGCGUUUUUUCGUUUGCCUUGUGAAGAAAGAGGCAAGUUGUACUCCUCUAAUCCACAUGAAGUAGUUAGAGUUGGAAGUGGCUAUGUUGAGCUUCAAAAUAAAGAGAGGGUUAAUUUGUGGAUGGAACGACUUAGCCACCUUGCUCAUCCGUUCUUAAAAGAAAACGCCCAUCUCUUACCUCAAAAUCCUCCUGAAUACAGGGAGAUUGCGGUUGAAUAUGCAAAAGAAAUAGCUGAUUUGGUAAACAGACUCUGGGGUUUGUUAUCAGAAGGGCUUGGAGUAGAACCGAACUAUCUGAAAAAAACAUUUGAAAAUAAUGUAAUCUUUCACCAAAUUGUGAAUUUCUAUCCACCAUGUCCGGACCCCGAGCUCACACUAGGACUUCCACCUCAUACAGAUAUAGGCUUGAUAACAGUUUUUCAACAAGUUGACGGGGUUUCAGGCCUUCAAAUUGUGAAAGAUGGGGAAUGGUUGGCUGUCGAUCCUCUUCCAGAUGCACUAAUCAUUAACCUUGGCGACCAAUUUGAGGUAUUGAGCAAUGGAAGGUUCAAAAGUCAGGACCACAGGGCUGUGAACAACGAAAAAGUGCAACGUCUGUCGGUCGUAACACAUUGUAAACCAAAAAUGGAAGUUGUCAUUGGACCUAUAAAUGAAUUGGCUAGCAAUGCAGAGCAGACUCCACUCUACAGACAUUAUCCUUUUGAAGAAUAUAAUACGCAGUACUAUAAAGAUUUCAAGGUGGUGAGGAAGGUCAAAGAAUUGUUCUUAUUGCACCCUUAAAAUGGAAGUUGUCAAUAAAGAUUUUCGUUUCUGCGUGUUGUUUUAAUUUCGUUGUCUGGCUCAUAGAUCUUCAUUUACUCCUGUUCGAAUCAAGUAGUGAGAAAGAAAAAAAUGUGAAGGAAAAUCAAGUGUUUCGAGUAGUCUUUGUUUGGUAAAUGUUUGAUUUCCCAGUGCUGUUAUGAGCCUUUGUCGGUUGUUUUCUUAGCUCAACAAAAGUGUGCUUUUCAACAAAAACUUGUGGAACAAUUUAGAACUGAAUUGUUAUUUCUUUUUAAAUCUUA